AUGAACUCCCUCCACGCAGCUGUUGUUCUCGCGCUCCUGUUCGGCAUCGUACAGGGUGCCUGUGUGGAUAUCCGUGGCGUUUACGAGACUGGUGGGGCAUGGCUGACGUACCCCACACGGGAUGGCAGUGGCCAGGUCACAUCGCAAUGGGCAAGCCUGUAUACAGAUGACAUGACAUGGGACGUAUGGGUCCGCGUCCCAUCACAAAGUGUAGAAUUUCAAACAUCCGUCAUGUGGACGUACGGUGCGAACCACAACACGAACGCGUACAGUUCGUCGUCUAGGCGCCGUAACAUCGGCGUACUGAUUUCCAACUCCGGAACCUUGGCAGUUUUGUCGUUCACGGGUCUCCACUAUUAUGAAGAAUACGGCACAAAUAUUAUGGAUGAUCAGUGGCACCACGUGGCCGUGGUCUGGAAGAGGAGUACGACAACAGGUGUGCUUUACAUAGAUGGCGUGGCGUCGGCCACGUCUACGUAUAACCCAGGGAACGACAAUCCUGGCAUGGACGGGCAGCUCACGCUCGGAGGCGGCCAUUAUGGUCGCAGGAUAUAUUGCAGCCUGGCCAAUUUCAGAAUGUGGGGGAAGGCCCUGGCCGCAUCCGAAGUACUGCUCUACAAGGAUAGCGCCGACCCCAGCAUCGAUGGCACUGUUGCCUUUUAG